CAGAAUCGGAAACAGAAACACUUGCUUGCAGAACUGUGCAGAACUUGCAUUACAGAAUGCAGUUAGAUUUACAGUAAAGGUUAAGAAUAAGGCAAUAAAAUAAAGAUCUAGGUUCAUUUGAAUAACUGCAAGCAUUGCUAUUUUGUUAUACAUCGUCAAAACAAAUAUCCCUCUUAAUAAAAAGUGGUCAGUGACGGAAAAUAUUGUGAAAGAUGUUAAAAUUGUAAAAAGAAAGAAAUAGUUUCGGCCAUGGGACCACCAAAGAAAUUUAAAAAAUAUGAUUCAAAACCCAGCAGUGAAAGAUCAGGAAAGAAAAAGAAGGUGGAAGAGGAUAUUACAAUAGACUUGGUAGAGGAUGAUAAUACAGAUAAUGUGGGAGUUCCUGUUGCUGCAACACAGGAUGCCGAGAAGAAUGACCAGGUUCCCGAAGAUGAGUUUGGUGCAAAAGAUUACAGGAAUCAGAUGACAUUAAAACCAGACAACACCAGUCGUCCUCUCUGGGUCGCCCCAAAUGGCCACAUAUUUCUGGAAGCCUUUUCACCAGUUUAUAAACAUGCACAUGAUUUCUUGAUUGCUAUUGCAGAACCUGUUUGCAGACCUCAACACAUACAUGAGUACAAAUUAACGGCCUACAGUUUGUAUGCUGCAGUGUCAGUGGGCUUGCAAACUACGGACAUUAUUGAGUACCUGCAGAGACUGAGCAAAUGUUCUGUUCCCGCGGGCAUCAUUGAGUUUAUUCAGCUUUGCACAUUAUCAUAUGGAAAAGUUAAACUUGUAUUGAAGCACAAUAGGUAUUUAGUAGAGAGUAAGCAUGUGGAGGUGCUGCAGAAACUGCUGAAGGACCCGGUGAUCCAGCAAUGCCGUCUGCGACGCGACGGCGACGACGACCUGUUCGCCUCUGCUGUGCCCAACAAGCCCUCCACCACAACAGCUUCUAAGUCCGUGGAAGAGAAACCACUUACAAAUGACACAGUGCCGGAAGACAUCAGCCAGUUCUACCAGCAGCUGGACAAAGACGACGAGGAGGAUGAGGCCACCGACUUGGCGACCAACACCGCAGUCGCCUUUGAAGUGGAUCCCGAUAAAAUUGAGGUGAUACAAAAGCGUUGCAUAGAGCUGGAGCACCCUCUGCUGGCUGAGUACGACUUCCGCAACGACAGCGUGAACCCCGACAUCAACAUCGACCUGAAGCCCACCGCCGUGCUUCGCCCCUACCAGGAGAAGAGUCUGCGCAAGAUGUUUGGCAACGGACGAGCUAGGUCCGGUGUGAUAGUGUUGCCAUGCGGCGCGGGCAAGUCUCUGGUGGGUGUGACGGCGGUGUGCACGGUGCGCAAGCGCGCGCUCGUCCUCUGCAACUCGGGCGUCUCCGUCGAGCAGUGGAAGCAGCAGUUCAAGUGCUGGUCCACCGCAGACGACAGCAUGAUCUGCAGAUUCACAUCGGAGGCGAAGGACAAGCCGAUGGGUGCGGGCAUCCUGAUCACAACGUACAACAUGAUAACGCACGGCCAGCGGCGCUCGUGGGAGGCGGAGCAGACGAUGAAGUGGCUUCAGGCGCAGGAGUGGGGUCUGGUGGUGCUGGACGAGGUGCACACCAUCCCCGCCAAGAUGUUCCGUCGCGUGCUCACCAUCGUACACUCCCACGCCAAGCUCGGUCUAACGGCGACGUUGCUGCGCGAGGACGACAAGAUCGCAGACCUGAACUUCCUGAUCGGGCCGAAGCUGUACGAGGCCAACUGGCUGGAGCUGCAGGCGGCGGGCUACAUCGCGCGCGUGCAGUGCGCAGAGGUCUGGUGCCCCAUGACGCCAGAGUUCUACCGCGAGUACCUCAUACAGAAAAUAAACAAGAAGAUGUUACUGUACGUAAUGAACCCGUCAAAGUUCCGGGCGUGCCAGUUUUUGGUGAAGUACCACGAGAAGCGCGGCGACAAGACGAUCGUGUUCUCGGACAAUGUGUUCGCGCUGCGCCAUUACGCCGUCAAGAUGAACAAGCCGUACAUCUACGGGCCGACGUCGCAGAGCGAGCGGAUACAGAUCCUGCAGAACUUCAAGUUCAACCCCAAAGUUAACACGAUCUUCGUGAGCAAAGUCGCCGACACCAGCUUCGACCUGCCGGAGGCCAACGUGCUCAUACAGAUCUCCUCACACGGCGGCUCUCGCCGGCAGGAGGCGCAGAGAUUGGGUCGUAUUCUACGCGCAAAGAAGGGCGCGCUGGCGGAGGAGUACAACGCGUUCUUCUACACGCUGGUGUCACAGGACACGCUGGAGAUGGCCUACAGCCGCAAGAGACAGCGCUUCCUCGUCAACCAGGGAUACAGCUACAAGGUCAUAACGGAGUUAAAGGGCAUGGACACGGAACCUGAACUGUUCUACGGCACGCGGGAGGAGCAGGGCAUGUUGCUGCAGCAGGUGUUGGCGGCGUCAGAGAGCGAGUGCGAGGAGGAGCGCGAGGCGGGCGGGGGCGGGGGCGGGGGCGGUGCGGGGGCACGUCGCGGCGCCGGCAGUCUGGCCUCACUCGCCGGCGCUGACGACGCUCUCUACCUCGAGCACCGCAGACAACACAACAAACAUCCGCUCUUCAAGAAGUUCCGAUAUUAACUCUCGCACCAUCAAUAAAUUGAAUCAGAAAGUGCAAGCGGUGUGCCGGAAUGGGCUAUCGUGGAGCUUCAGGGGCUGGUACAAAUGAAGAAAGAAGCA